AUGGCUAUUCGCUUUUUCAAACAAGCAACUUUCAUUGCUGCUUUCGCAGCAUUCGUCGCAGCGCAAGACGACACCAUCAUACCCGAAGACCUUCGAUCAGGCUUCCGUUCAGGUGGAGACGAGGUACAGGUGUCUUUCACAGGCGAAGCAAUUAAUGGCUUCAAGGAUGGAACAGUGUUUGAGAAAGAUGCUGUAGCAAAGGAGCCUACAUUCGCUCUUGGCGAUAGCAGUGGCAUCUCCCCUGGCACGCUGUACACGAUCAUCAUGGUGGAUAGCACAUGUCCAAAUGCUCGAAAACUCCACUACGCUCGAGCGAACUUCAAAAACAACUUCGACAUCACCAACAUCGAGACUGAUUCACCUGCUGUUCUGGAUUACGUUGCUCCUGGAUCUGUCGGAGAAAAGGGAGAUAACCGGCAAUACAGUUUCCUGAUGUACACGAACCCAGGACGGAAAGAGAUCACGGAUCUGCAACUACCAGGAGAUGACGAGGCCUUUGAUAUUACGAAAUUCCAAGAUGACAAUGGGUUAGGAGACGCGAUGGCUGGGCACGGCAGUCAGGGUGUCUACUGCUACUGGUGGGUCAAGUGCGGCCGCGAGUGCUACACCCACGGAUGA